AUGAAGUGGAACAAUUCCGUGAUAUUACUGAUGAUACUUUUUAUGUCUCCGUUCAGCAAAGGACACAAUCUCGAAAAACGGGCCCUGAUAUUUCCUCCAACUAGUUUGUAUGGGACGUUCGUGGCGAUAGCUGUGCCUUUAGAUAUACCAGACAGGAACGUGUUCGUGUCUUACAACUUUGAGUCCAACUACUCCGUGGUAACGAACAUCACCCAGAUCGAUGAAGUCAUAUUUCCAAACCUACCGGUAAUUGCAGCCCGUCACAGCCGGAGUAUCACCCGAGAGCUGGCGUACACGACCCUCGAAACUAAGUUCCAAGAGCACGGGAUGAGCGGCCGGGAAUGCAUGCUGCGCAACAUCUGCGAGGCAGCCGAAACUCCGCUCCACCACAACGGUCUACUGGGACACAUUAUGCAUAUCGUCUUUACCCCGUCGUCAUCAAGAGAGGAGGGUUUAGAGGACGUGUAUUACGAGGCGGAGGCGGACGGCCUCCGAGGUGACUGCGACAAAUACUUCGACCUCUGCCCUUACAGUCUCUUUGACGUCAUCACCAGGCUGGUCGAAAUGCAACAGAAGCCACUACAGAACAAUUUAGUUUAA